AUGAAAAAUGACUAUGAUAUAUUUUCAUCAAUCUUAAUGGGAAAAGAAGAGGAAGAGGAAGAAGAAGAAGAAGAAGAAGAAGAAGUGGAAGAUGUUUUUUUCUAUUCAAAGACAGUUUCAAAUCCAAGUAUAAUCACACAUUGUGUAGGUGGUAAUUUUAGGAAUUCAAUAAAUGAUAAUGAAGAAUUGAAACAAAGGGAAUUGGUUUUCAUUAAAGAUAACUGUUUAGAGAUAUUAGAAUAUUUUACAUCUUCUCAAUCAUUAGAAUCUAUUAAUCAUCAACCUAUAUUCUCAAUUGUAAAAGAUAUUAAAGUUUUAACAUUACCUUUAAAUUCAAUUACAAAUUAUUUAAAAUUGAAUCAACAACAAAAGCAGCAACAAAAGCAACAACAACAACAAUCAAAUUCAUUAUCAGAUUCACAACAAUCAUCAUCAUCACAAAAUUUAUCACAAUUUUAUUCAUAUAAUACUAAUUCAUACCAACAACCACAACCACAACCACAACCACAAUCACAAUCACAACUACAAUCACAAUCACAAUCACAACAUAAUCUUAAAAGAAAUGCAGAAGAAUUAAAAUAUUUUGAUAAAAAUUUUAAAAAAAAAGAUUUUUUAAUCUUAACAUCAGAUUCUGGUUAUUUAUCAGUUUUAUCAUGGUCAAAUUUAAAAAAACAAUUUUUAUUUGUUCAACACUUUAAAAUAUCACCACCAGGUUAUAGUUUUAAAUAUUUAGGUGAAAAAAUUCAAAUUUCACCAUGUAAUAGAGUUAUAGGUGUAUGUGCAUUAAAAAAGAAAUUAUCAAUAUUUUUAGUAAAUAGUAAUGAUGACGGUGAUAUUAAUGAUCCAUUUUCAAUAAUUUCAAAACAAAUUGAAAUUGAUGUAAUUGGUGAUGUUUAUUCAUUCAAUUUUACAUAUGAUAAAGAGGAUUUAUAUUAUUCAACUUGUGAUCAUUUAUAUAUAAUUGUAGUUAGUAAAAUUGAUAAAAAUCAUAAAAAUUAUUAUAAUUAUAAUUAUAAUAUUAAUAAUAUUAAUAAUAAUAAUAAUAAUAAUAAUAAUAAUAAUAAUAAUAAUAAUAAUAAUAAUAAUAAUAAUAAUAAUAAAGCAUAUACAAAUACAACGAUAUCAACGAUUUUAACAAAAUAUAAAUUUAAUUUUUCAACACAUAAAAUUGAAAAGAUUAUUAUACCAUCAUCAAUAAUUAAUUCAACAUUUAAUUAUGAAAUAAUAACAUUACCAAAUAAAUUGGAUGAUCAACUUUCAAAUUUUAAUUUUCAUCAUUAUUUCCUUUUAUUUUCAAAUGAUUCAAAUCAAAUUAUACUUUCAAAUUCAAAUUUUGAAAUUUUAAAAAUUGUAAAUGUUGGAAAGGAACAAAUUAUAGACCAUGAUGAUGACGGUGAUGAUGAUGAUGAUGAUGUUUGUGAUGAUGAUGUUUAUGAUGAAGAUGGUUAUAAAGUAUUAGGUAAUAAUCAAUUAUUUACUGGUUGGAGUUGGUAUUUAUCAUCAGAAUCCAAUAUUAAUUUAAUUAUUGGUAAUGAAAGAGGUUCAAUUUAUAAUGUUAAUUUCAAAUAUUCUGAAAUUAUCAAAUUUAGUAAUGGUAGUGGUGGUAAUUCUUCAUCAUCAUCAUCAUCAUCAAAUGAAUUUGCAAAAAGAUUCGAUUUUAAAUUUAAUCCAAUUCAAUCAAUUAUAAAUUUAAAAGAUGAUUAUUUCUUUAUACUUGGUGAUUUAUCAGAUGGUGGUAUAUUUAAAUUUGAUUUUAAAAGUAAUAAUCAAUCAGUGGAAAUGAUAGAAACAUUUGAUAAUCAUGGUGGUAUAAUUGAUUUCGAUGUUCAUAAACAAAAGUUUUCAACAAAGAUUUAUAGUGUUUGUGGUGGUUCAAAUAGUUUUGGUUCUGUCAAAGUCAUUGAAAAUUCAAUACCAACAAAUAUUCUAGGUGAUAAUAAAUUAAAUGGUAUUCCAACAAAUGUUUGGUGUUUUAAUCCAUACAUUAUAAUUGGUUUAGUUGAGUCAACUUUAAUUUCACAAGUUGAUGGUGGUGGUGGUAGUGGUGGUGGUGGUGGUAGUGGUGAACCUGAUAAUUUAAAUUUCUUAACCAAUCAACCAACAAUCUAUUGUUGUAGAACUUCAAAUGGUACAUUUUUACAAGUGACACCAAAAUCAAUAAUAUUAUAUAAUUGUAAAUAUAAUGUUACAAAGAAUACCAUUAGAUGGAAUACAAUGGAGGGUAGUGUUAUCACUAACUCAUGUUCAAGAGAUAAUCUAUUAUUAGUUUCAAUUUCAAAACCAAAUAAAUUAUUAUCAUUCACAAUUCAAGAUAAUGAUUAUGAUUCAUCAAAUUUCAAAUUCACACCAAUCAAUGAUAUAUCAUUGGAUUAUGAAAUCUCUUGUAUAUCAUUACCACAUUUUGAUCAUAGUAAAGUAAUAGAUUUUGAUAAUGAUCAUUUAUUCAAUACAUGUUGUAUUGGUAAUUAUUCAAUGGAUAUAAUAUUAUUAGAUUUUAAAUUAAAUAAAUUAUUAUUUUCAUUAUCAUCAUCAUCAUCAUCAUCAAGUAAAAUUAAUCAACAACAAGAAGGAGAAGAACAAGUUGGAACUGAAUUAAGUGCAAUACCACAUUCAAUUUUAUUAAGUAUUUUAAAUCAACAACCAUUACAACAACAAUCAAAAAAUGAUAAUAAAAUUAAAUUUAAAUUAUUAUGUGGUUUAAGAGAUGGUAAACUUUUAAAAUGGGAUUUAAAUUUUAAUUUAAAAUUAAAUAAUGAUGAUGAUCAUGAUGAUGAUCAUGAUGAUGAUCAUCAUCAUCACCAAAAGAAGAAAGUGAUUGAAUUCUCUAGUAAUUUAUAUUCAAAGACUAUUUCAAAUUCACCAAUUUCAAUUAUACCAGUGAUGAAUCAUGGUGCAAUCAUUUUAACUAAUUUACCAUACUAUUUAACAAGUAUAAAAAAUCAUUUAACAAUGAUUAAAAUCUCUUAUAAAGAUGAUCAAAUGGUUAGUGGUGCUUCUUUAUUUAAUAGAAUACCUUUUCAUUCAAUACCAAAUUCUCAAUCUUUAAAUUCAAGUGACUCACAAUCACAAUCACAACCACAACCACAAUUACAAUUACAAUCAGAACAACAAAUUCAAUUAGAAUUACAAUCAUCACUUGAUAUUAUAAAUGGUAGUUCAAAAUUAGAAUUUAUAUUUAUUAAUCCUGAUCUUGGUUUCUCUUUAGUUUCAAUUGAUUUCUCAAAAAGAAUUAGUAUUAGAAAAAUUGAUAAUUCAAUCACAAAUAAUAAUAAUAACAACAAUAAUAAUAGUAGAAGUAAACAAAAUCCAAAUAGAAUAUUAUUCAUUGAAAAGUAUAAUAUUAUCGUUGUAUUAGGUGAUACAAAUAUUUGGUUAUUAACUUCUGCUUCAGAAUCUAAUAAUAAUAAUAAUAAUAAUAAUAAUAAUAAUAAUAAUAAUUUUUAUAAAGAAAUUUAUUCAACAAAAAAUAAUUUAAAUAUUAAAUUUGGACAUUCAAUUAAAUAUUGGUCACAAAAGAAUUUAAUUAUAGUUUAUGGUACUGAUUUUAUUAAUCAAAGUACAAUUUUAUUUUAUUCUGUUCAAUUAAAUGGUAAUGGUGGUAGUGGUAGUAGUAGUAGUGGUGGUAGUGAAGAUGUUUCAUUAACAUUAGAAAAAACCAAAUUAAUUCCAGAUCAAAUCUCAUCAGUAUUACUAAUUUCAAAUGAAAAAUAUAUGGUUUUUACAACUGGUGGUAAUCUAUUAAUUGAUUACAAUAGUGGUAGACAAAUUAAUUUAGAAGACACUCAAAACUCUCAAAUCUUAACACCUCAUCCAAUAACAAUUUCAAAAUUUAAUCAAUCAACAAAUAAAAUAUUUUUAGCUACUGAAUUAAAUGGUUCUGAUAUUUAUAGUUGGACUAUAAAUAAUAAUAAUAAUAACAAUAAUGAAGAAAUGGAAGAAAUGGAAGAACAAGAUGAAAAUGAUAUUUUCAAUGUAAUUGCUUCUGAUAAAUCAAAAUAUAUAACAGAUGCUUUAUUUUUAUCUUUUGAUAAUAAUAAAAAUAAUAAUAAUAAUAAUAAUAAUUUAAUUGCAACUGUUGAUAAGUAUGGUAAUUUUAAAAUUUUAAACUUGAACCAAAAACAUAAAUUAUUACCAUUACAACAACAACAACAACAGCAACAAGAUGGUGAAGAUAUUGUACCACCGAUUGUAAAUAAUUUUAUGCCAGUUAUUCUUGAUCCUGUAGUACAAUUUAGUUUAAAAGAAACAUGUAUGAAAUUAUAUCAAUUAAAAUCACCACUAUCAAAUAAAAAUAAAAUUAUAACUUGUUCAUUAUUAGGAAGUGUAAUUGUGUUUGGUAAAUUAAGUAAAAGGGAAUAUCGUAUACUUAAUAAUAUUCAACAAAUUUUAAAAAAAUCAAAUAAUACUAGACCAUUGUUAAAUAAUGAUCAUCAACUCUAUAGGUCUGAAUUAUCUUUCUCAAAGAAUAUGUUGGAUGGUGAUCUACUAUUCCAAUUUUUAUUUUUAGAUGAUGAAGAUCAACUAACCAUAAUUAAUUCAAUUAUUAAAAAUAAUUAUAAUAAUAAUAAUAUUAAUAUUAAUAUUAAUAAUUAUAAAAUUUUAUCAAAAAUUAUUUCUUUAAUAGAAGAGUUUGAUAACUAUUAA